AUGUAUUUACCAUUAGCAAGAUCCACAGUUGUUGUAUUUUCAAUAGUCAAUAAAUGGUCAAAAGAGCGAAAUCCUACACGUGCUAAUGCAGAAACAUUCGAACAACAACCUCAGAUCACAUUACCAUAUUGGACUGACGGGUACAAUUGGGUCAAGCUAAACAAGGAAGUUAUAUUUAUUUCAAAGGAUGAUCGCACGAUUUAUUUUAUACCUGCUGGUGUUGAAACUGCAAUUAUAGAUAAAGAACUAAAACUUCAUGUAAAUUGUAGAUCUAAUUUAUUCGAUACAUAUAAAUCUGUUUAUUUUAAUAUAUGGCGCAUAUGUAUAUUUGA